GAGCCACAGGACGCUAGAAUAAACUUUCCCGCAAUCUCUGCGGCGCCCUAUCCCCCCCCCACACACAAUCUACACCGUGGCGGUUCCAAAGGUGAAAGCGGCGAUCGAGCUGAACCAGCAGUGAAGGAGCGGAGUCCAGGGGCGGGACACACGCACACAGCACGGAAAGCCUGAGACGGAGCGGUGCGACCGGAGGGGCUGCGAGGUUGACCAUGGCUUCCAGACAGCACAGUCUGAGCGAGGACUUAGUUUGUCCGGUUUGCCUGGAUCUCUUUACCGACCCGGUCACCCUGGAUUGCGGCCACAACUUCUGCCGCUGCUGUAUCUCACAGAGCUGGGAAACGAAGGAGAGCAAAGCCUGUCCCGAGUGCAGAACCGUCUUUGCCAACAGUAGCAUGAGGGGCAACUGGGCCCUGGCGAGGCUGGCGGAGAAAGCUCGACGGCUCAACAUAGCCCCGGUGAAGGCAGAAAGAAAACCUCGCUGUGAGGAGCAUCAGGAGGAACUGAAGCUGUUCUGUGAAACAGACAAGAAACUGAUGUGUGUGGUUUGCAGAGACGCCCGAGAACACAGACACCACAGCUUCAUCCCCGUAGCGGAGGCUGUUCAGAUCUAUAAGCAGGAUAAAGUGAACUCCUCCUUAGCUUCUCUCACACAGAGGAAGGCCGCGGCUCUCGAAGCUGAAGGGAAACAGAAAGAAAAGAUUUCACAAGUGAAGGAACAGGCGGACAGUCUGGAGAACCACGUCAUGGCUGAGUUUGCUAAAAUGCACCAGAGCCUCACUGACAGAGAGCAGCGUGUAAUCCGAGAGCUCAGACAGCGAGAGGAGGAGGUUUUGCAUCGAAUGGAGAAAAAUCUGCAAGAGAUUCGGGGCAAAUUAGCUUCUGUUGAGCAAAAACUGUCAGAGUUACAGAAACAGAUGGAAAAAGACACUCUCUCCUUUCUGCAGGAGGAAGCUGCUCGGAAGAGAAGGGUCAGUGAGGAUAAUUUUUUGCUGUCAUUAUCUGAAGGUGAUCUCCCUAUGGGGAUAUACAAAGGGCCUCUACAGUACACAGCCUGGAGAGACAUGAGACACAGCAUCAGCCCAGCUCCGGCCGCUCUGACUCUGGAUCCAGCCACAGCCCAUCCUCAGCUCAUCCUGUCUGAAGACCUGACCAGUGUAAGACACGGAGACAAAUGCCAGCCGCUCCCUGACACCCCAAAGAGGUUUAGUUACCAUCCCACCAUCCUAGCAUCUGAGGGCUUCACAUCAGGGAGACAUUACUGGGAGGUGCAGGUGGGCAACAAGACUGCGUGGAUUGUGGGAGUGGCCAGAGAGUCUGUCAACAGGAAAGGAGAGAUCACUUGGUCAACAGAGGGUGGGGUCUGGGGGGUAUGGCUGUGGGAUGGGGAUUAUAAGGCUCUGACCUCACCUCCCACCCGCCUGCCCCUGACAGUGAGACCCGGGAAGCUCGGAGUGUACCUGGACUAUGAGGGGGGACAGGUGUCAUUUUACAACGCUGACAACAUGUCUCGUCUCCACACUUUCACUGACACUUUCACUGAGAAACUUUAUCCUCUCUUCAGUCCCUGGUUUAAUGAUGGCGGGAAAAACUCGGAACCUCUGACAAUCUGCCAGUUGUAACAUAUUAACAGUGACGUGGUUUUACCGCAGUUCCAUGUGAUUCACCGUCGGUUGUUUAAAGGAAUACGGGGUCGGAGCUGGUUGUUGGGAGUGGGGGGGGAUUCCUGAAGAAGAUGCUGAGCUCUGUGGGUCCAUAGAAAUCCUGUAA